CAUUCUAGGACAACCUUCUCAUUCAAUUUAUUCAUCGGCAAGUCGAUCUCACGUCUCAACCAGCGGAUUCCAAGCGAGCUCUAAUUAUUUCCCCAAACCUCCAGCGACAAUCGGCUCGACUUUCCCUACUCACAGCGCAAUGGCCUCUUGCACCACAGUUAACAACUCGACCGCCAUGGAGGAUGCCUCCCCUCUGGCCUUCGUUUUCAACGGAAACGAAAUGAUUGUGCAGUGCACCGCCAACAACGAUGACGAAGCUGGUGCCAUCAACAUCCUAAGCGUUGCGCUAGAGAACUUCAAGAGGUUUAAUGAUGGCAAACACGCCGUCAUUGUUCGCCCCAAAGAUUCUACUCGGUACUGGAUCACCAGCGCCCCGUACGCCGAGACUCUAAAUAAGGAUGCUUAUCAAGUCAUCAAGUCCACCGUACUCAGCAUCUCUGAAGCCGAUCCCGUCCUCCAGAUGCCGACCGGGCCCCAAAGCGCGAAGCAUCAGAAAGUCUCUAAGCUGCGCAUUCGUCGGCCUCGCAAUCAGUUCAUCAUCUACCGUCAGUGGAUGUCAGCCAAGAUCCACGCCUGCAACCCUGGUGUGACUGCUGCCUGCAUCUCUCAGAUCGUUGCCCGGACCUGGCAGGCUGAGAAGCCCGAGGUCAAAGCACGGUUCAAGGCCUUGGCUGAUGAGGAGGAUCGCAUCCACAAGGAGAUGUACCCGGGCUACCGUUAUGUGGCGGGCCGUCGCAACCCCCAGCUUCCCUUGUCCAAGCGCAACUUGACUCGCGACCCGAUGGCAGUCGCGGAGAGGCUGAUCGCCGCUGGACUUUGA